AUGCCAAACAAUGUUGAGACAUUGAAAAUUCUCGGCUCUCUGUAUGCUCAUGUUCAAAUUUCUGAUCCAACACUUUUGAAUGAGGCAAGACAAAAAGGUCGAGAUAUUCUACAAAAAUAUUUGAAAAUUGUGCCCGGUGAUAUUGAAGUAUUGAUUGAUUUGGCACAAUUGUUGGAACACUGUGAACCGAAAAAAUCACUCGAAAUGUAUGAAAUGGCGAUUGAGUUGUUGGAAACAAUGGAAAAUAUCGGACCACAGCCAGAAAUGUUGAAUAAUGUUGGAGCAUUGCAUAUGCAAAUGGGAGAUUAUCAAAAAGCGAAACAGUGUUUUGAACAAGCCAGAAAUCGAUUGACUGUGAGUUUUUUGAUGUUGUCAAAAUUUUUAUAUCAAAAAAUCUCGCGAAAUGUAAAUUGUUCAAAAUUAAAAAAAUGUUUUCAUGAAACCCUGCGAACCAAAAUUCGAAUUUUCCCAGGAAAUGAUUGAAACUCAAGAACGUGACGAAGCCGAAAGACCACAAUUGUUAACAAUUCGCUAUAAUUUGGCAAGAUGUCUCGAAUAUUUGUGCGAAAGUUUGGAAGCUGAACAAAUGUAUAAGGAGAUUUUACAUGAAUGUCCAAAUUAUACCGAUUGUGAGUUUUUUUAUGAGGGAAGGAUUUGAGAUCAAAAAAUGAGAAAAGUGUUGCAGGCUAUAUGAGAUUGGGAUGUUUGACAAGAGAUCGUGGACAAAUCUACGAAUCGUCGGUUUGGUUCAAAAAUGCUUUACAAUACGAUCAAGCUUCGGCUGACGCGUGGACUUUGAUUGGAAAUUUGCACAUGUCGAAAAAUGAAUGGCAACCGGCACAAAAGAAAUUCGAGCAUAUUUUGACAAAAGCCGGACCAAAAACAUCGGAUGCUUAUUCAUUGAUUGCAUUGGGAAAUGUUUGGUUGGAACAAUUGAUGAAUCCAGGAAGGAAGAAGGAGGAUGUAGGUUUUUUAUUCAAAUAUUUUAAUUACCAUCACUUAUUUUGCUCAGACUCCAAUUUUAACCAUAAAAAUAUUCUUAAUUUUCACACAAUCCUCAUAUUUUUUAGGAAAAGAAAUAUAUGGAUCGAGCACUUCAAAUGUAUCAAAAAGCCCUCAAAAUACAACCAAAAAAUAUGUUGGCAGCAAAUGGAAUCGGAUGUGUUUUAGCAUUCAAAAAAGCAUUUAUGGAUGCACGAGAUGUUUUUUCGCAAGUUCGAGAAGCAACCAGUGAAUAUUUCGAUGUUUGGAUAAAUAUUGCUCAUGUUUAUAUGGAAAAAGAGCAAUAUAUGGCUGCUGUACAAAUGUAUUUUUCAGCAAUGAAAAAAUUCAAACAUGAAAAUGAUCCGAAUAUUUUGCAUUAUUUAGCGAAAGCUUAUUAUAAAGCAGGAAUGUUGACGGAAUCGAAAGAACAAUUGGAAAAAGCAUUGUUGGAAGCGAAUGAUAAUGUGCAGAUAAAAUUCAAUUAUGCUGUGGUUUUGAAAAGAAGCGCCAAAAAUAUAUUUAAAUCGGUGACGAAGAUAACAUCUGAAAUGGUCAAAAAUGCGAUGGAUAAUUUGAAAUGUUCGGAAAGAAUAUUUGUGUUUAUUUCGAAAAAUGAGGAUUUGAGUUUGCCGGGAGCGAAAUUGUUGUCGCGGACGAUUUGUCGAGAAGAAGCGCAGAAUUGUCGAGAUUUGUUGGCGCAGGCGAAGGUGAAAUUGGAAACUGCAUUGAUGAAUGAUGAAGAUGAUCGAAAAUUGAAAGAGAAACAAGAAAAAGAAAAAGAGGAAUUGAGAAAGAAAUAUGCGGAAGAGGUUGGAGAUUUUGGGAAAUUUUGAAAUUUUUGUAUUCUAAUUUUUUUUCUUGAAAAUUCUUUAGUUUUAAAGCGAAAAUUUCACAUAUUAUUAUGAAAAAAUCAAAUUUUCUAGGUUUUUUUUCGAUUUCCAACCUAAAAUUGAAUUGAUUUGCAGAUUGCUCGAAAAGAAGAAGAAGAACGAAAGAAAAUCGAAGCGGCCAAAGCACUUCGAUCAACUUUCGUCGAAAUGACCAAAGAUAUUCUGAAAUUACCCGAAGUCGUUGAAGACAAAAAACGAACUGGAGGUGGAAGAGGACGAAGAAAAGGCGGAGAUGAUGGAGAUGAAUUUGUUAAUGAUAGUUCGGAUAAUGGAAAUUGGAAAUCAGGAGAUGAAGAAGGUGGAGAGAAUCGAGAAAGACGAAAGAAGGAUAAGAAAUCAAGAAAGCGACGAGAAAAAGAUGGAGGAGGAUCGGAUAAUGACAGAAAACAAGAUCGCAAGAAAAAACGAAAAGAAGAUCGGGAAAGGAAAAUGCAGGAAAAGCUGUCGGCAAAACAAUCGGCAAAAAGUUGGUUUUUAGUGGGGUUUUUGAGGGGAAAAAUUUGAAUUUUGUCGAGUUGUUCAAAAAGUUUAACUUUUUCUAUGAAACUUGAUAAUUUCCUGAUUAUUGUAUCUCAAAACGUUUGAGUUAUGAAAACAUUUAAAUUAUUUUUUUGAAAGAUUUUCUAGAAUUUUUAUCAAUUCUUUCAUAUCAAAAACCAUAACAUUUUUUCAGUCAAAUCUCGUGCAUUUUUAUCGUCUUCCGAAUCUUCUGAUGAUGAUGAUAAAAAAGGUGGAAAUUUGGAUGAAGAUAGCGAUAAUGAAGCACCAAGGAAUAGAGUUGAUGAAUUUGGUGAGUUUUUUAAAGACAUUUUUCUUCUGAAAGUUCGAUUUUCAAUGAAAUCUUCAGUUUUUGAACAUUUGAGUUUCAGGAUUUUUCAGAAGUUCAUCAAACUUUUCCUCACUCGGGAAAGUUUUUGAACAUAAACCCCUUUGAAAAUUCAACCCAAAAUCUCAAAUUCUGGCACCUAAACUUCCGGUGGUUUUCCCUUCAAAAUCACAUUUUUUUCGAAAACCCUGAAAAAAUACGUUGCAAAAAAUUGGCUUCAAUAAAUUUAAAAAUUUUUAAACAGUAUGUUCUUCAGAAUUGUAUCUUAAAGGGGUUGUCUUUCCACAAGGCAAGAUAUGCUAAAUCGCUUGGGCUAAGGUGCUUCUUGAACGUUCCGUGUUCAGAAAAUUUUCUUGGUGCGCAAAUACUGAUCUUUUGGUGAAAAACACAAGCCGCUAAAACCUUAAAACUAGGAAAGAAAGUGCGCUCUAUCGCACACAUUAUUUAUUUGUGUGUACUUCUCUCGGAGUUCACACCCAAACAUUUAUUAAGUCGUUUGGUGUGUUCCAAGUCAAUUUAAUGGCAGUUUAUAGUUAGUUGAAAAUAGUGACGCACAAUUGCAGACUUGCUUUCUCGCGUAGAAAGACAACCCCUUUAAUAUAACAAAAUUUUCCCCGCAAAAAUUCUGGAUUACUGUAAGUAUAUAACUUUUUGGUGAAAGUGAACGUUUAACUUUUGUCAGAUUUAAAAUCGAGUUUUCUAUUUAAAUAAAAUUUUGUUAACGAUCGUCAUGCUCUUUGAAAACUCGAAAAAAUUUGAGAUUCGAAUCUGUUUUUCUUCUUGAAAAAUGCAAAAUAAUUUGCAGAAAGUCCUCCACCUCCAAUAAUUGGAAGCAGUGACAGUGAUAGCAGUGAUGAAGAAGAAAAAAAGACGAAGAAAAAACGAAGAAAGACUGUGAUGGAUUCGGAUAAUUCAUCAGCUGGAAGUGAAAAUGAAGAAGAAGGAGAUGCACCGAUUAUUGGAGCAUCUGAUGAUGAUGGUUUGUUUUUUCGGAGACUUCGGAGGGGAAUUUAUUUUGGGGAAAUUCAGAAACUUUGAAGAAUGCUUUCAGUUGUCAAUUGGUUUUAAUUUAAAUUAUAGUAAAUCACCUUAAAAGCUUCCGAAUUUCAAAAAUAAUUUUUCAGACGACGAAGGACCGAGUAAUAAAAAGUCGAGCGACGAAGAUGUGCCUAGUAAACGAAAGAAGAAAAAGAUGGUGAGAAUUGUUGUAGGAAAAUUUGAUUCAAAAGUUUUUUAUUCUGAAAAAAUUAUAUCUAAUUAUUUUAUUCGAAAAUCUCAUCCAAAUCAUUGUAACUGGAUCAGUAAUCUAUAAAAUGUUUCCAAAAAAAUUACCCAACAAUUUAUUUUUUGCAGCUCUCAAGCGGUGAAUCGGACAGCGACGAAAGUGACUGA